AUGAACAAAGCCAUGAAUAAUAAUAAAGAUAAAAAAUUCAAAAUGGAGACAAAAUGUAAAAAGAAGAAACAAAAAAUAAAUCAGUCAAAAAAUCGUAAGGAAAGUUCAUUAAAAGAAAAGAAAGUUAAUUCAAUAGAAAAAAAACUCAACAAUAAGAAGUUAAAAUAUACUAAAAUUUUGAAAGAAAAUAGUGAUAUAGAAGAUAAGGAAAAUUUUAAUUUAGAAGAAUUUUAUAAUAAAAGUGAUUUAAGUGAUACAAGCUCUAGUGAUAGCAUAAAAAGAUUUGAGGAAUGUAUUUUAAGUAAUGACGACAACACAAAUGAAGCAAAAUUAAUUAGCAUAGAAUACGUGAAUAAAUAUUUAAAUUCUAUUAAUAAAAGAACAAGGCUAAAUAAAUUAGUUAAAUUAUUAUCAUUUUAUAGAGAUGCUUUAGAUUUAUUUAUUGUUAAUGAAGUAGACAGUGAAUUACCUAAGGCAACAAACACUAAUAAAACAAAAAACAAAAAAAAAAAAAUAGAAAAGAAAAAAAAUAAAUAUUCAAUGAAUCUAGAUACUUCCUUAUUUAUUGUUUUUAACGUAAUAUAUAACAUUGAUACACUUUUUUAUAAUAUUACUAAUGAUGGUAAUUUAAAAAUGAAGAUUUGGAAAAUAGAAAGUAUAAAAAAAAACGAGUUAUUUGAAGAUGAAAAUAAAAAUAUAAAAAAUAAUAAUUUUUCUUCAAAUAAAUACGAUUUAGAAAAUAUAUGUAACUAUAAAAAUAUUCAAAAAUUUAAACCUAUUAUUAUAUAUUUUUUUAAAACAUUACUGAUAAAGAUAAAAAACAUAAAUAACAAUGAUUUAUGUUUAGGAAUUUUAAAAAUAAUUAAAAAUAAGGAAAUAUUGAGAUGGAUAAUAAUAUUUAGUUAUGGAAAACACUUUUUAAAAAAAAUAUGUAAAUUUUUUAUUAUUUCCAAAAAUAAUGAAACUUAUUUUUUCUUAUUUAUAUUAAUUCAAAAUAUGUUUCAGUUAUAUAAUGAAAAAAAAAGAACUAUAUUUAAUAAUUUAUCCAAAUCAGAAUAUGAAGAAGAAAAUGAAAUUAAAAAAACUUAUGAUAUGGAGAAGACUAUAUUUGAAAUAUACCAGAAUUUUUUUCAAUCCUUUUUAAUACAUUACGGUACAAAUUAUAAUAUUUCUAAUUUAAGCCAUAUGAAUUUUAAAGAAAACUGUUUGAUUGAAUUAUUUACCUAUUUAUCACAUGAUGUUGCUUAUACAAUUGCCUUCAGGUAUAUACAAAUAAUUAUUCAGAAAAUUAGAGAGCAAUUUAAAACAUUUUUUGAAGAGAAAAAAACAAAUAAAAAAAAAGAUGAUCAUAAAAAAGUAAGUAAAAAUAUAAUGGAUUUAAAAAAAUUUCAUUUACAUAGUAGUUAUAUGAUAUUGCUAAUAAGAUUUCUAACAAAAAUUAUAAAACUAUGUGAUAAUUUAGAUACUUUAACAUAUGGUAUAACCAUAUUAAUUAUUGCUAUUUUGAAAACAAAAAUUAAUAAUAUGAAAUUUAUACCUAUUAAUUUGCAAUUUAUUAACAUUUUAAUUCGUAUAAUGGAAGAUAAAAAAAAAUAUAUUCCAUUAUUUUCAUAUUUUUCAUGCAUUUUGAAUGGUUUGAAAUCGUAUAAGCAUAUAAGAUCAGUUUCAAAAAACCAAACAGUAAGAAUGACUAUUGAAAAUUUUGAUAUUAACACAAGUAUAGAAAUUGAUGAAAAAUUAAUAUCUGAUUUUUCAAUAGCUCACCAAAUUUAUGAUAAAAUAUAUGUACUUUUAUAUGAUUAUAUUGGUCUUAUGGCAAAUCAUAUUUCUUUUCCAGAAUUUUUUAUUGUUAUAGAAUCAUAUUUAAAAAAAUAUUACUCAGAAUGUGAAAUUCAUGUAUUUAAAUCUAGAAUAAAAAGUUUACUGAUACAAGCAAAAAGUUCUAUUGAUAUAAUUUUAAAUAAAAGAAAAAACAUAAAUAUAUAUAAUGCACAUGAUAAAAUGAUUCAUUUUCAAAAUGAAAAAUUACCAUUAUCAAGCCAAAGACUGAUUGUAUUACAAAAUUAUGAAAAUACCUAUUUAAAAAAAAUAGAGGCGAAAUUAAGUGGCUUAGAAAAUAUCAAAAAUACUGAGAAAGAAGAUAGCGAAAAUGAAAAAAUAAAUGACAAGAAAAAAAAGAAAAAAGUUAUAAAAAAGAAAAGAGAAACUUCAGAAAUUAUAGAUGAUGAUAAAAGAAAGAAAAUGAAAAAAAUAAAAGAUUCUAUGAUUUUAUCUAAUAAUGACAAUUUAGAAGAAUUUUCUAUGUCAAGUGAAGAAGAAUCAGAAUAA